CACGCGAUUCGAGAUAUUCGGGCUGACUCCUGGGCAGCCGCUGUCUUAUCGCUACAAUUCGGCCUGAUUCGGCCCAAUUCGGCCCGUGCCGGGCCGGCGCGAAACUUGUUUCUUUUUAGCCGCGAUUUAAAUCACGCAACGGCUGCGAGACAAUACCUCCGCGAAUUGCGCAUACCAUGUGCUUUAUUCUUCGAUUAAAGGAAUCACCCUCGACUAGAACUUCGGAAAAAUGUGCGAGAGACCCGAGGAAGAAGAUGCGCAAGACGUUUUGCUGCGGAAAAUCUUCCUGGAAUGCGAGUCCUUGAUAUCACCAAGCACGUCGUUGUCCACAGUCUCUGGAAAUAGUUUGGAAAGAAUUGGUCAAGUGCCCGUUACCGAUCUGAUGGAUUACAUACGAGAGGCUGUGAACACCCAAGAUCGUAGCUGCGACAUCCUGGAUGAUUUAAGGAAUGCUUUAAUGGAAGUUUCUCUUAAUGGACACGUCAUGUGGCCACAAUUUCGAGAGGCUGCGCUACAUUGGGUCGCUCGUAUUACGCAAUCGCAUCAUCAGGAUGGUAAUAACAAUAUCGAAUUUGACAAGGAAGCAUACAAAGAAUCGGAUUCCGUGAUAGAUACGGUGCACGGUAUCGACAGGGAGAGCGAAGGUGGACACGAAAUGGCACAAGUGGAGUUGAAGUUGCGUGUCCGACAGUUUGAUGAAGAGAAUACGAUGUUGCGGCAAGAAGUGUUGUAUACCGAAGAAUCCAACAACAAGUUGCGGAAUCAGAUUGAAAUUCUCAGACACAAAUUCGAUCAAGCGAUGGAAAAGUGUAAGCAAUUGGAGAAGGAGAACGACGAACAGAAGGAUCAAUUGUCAGAGUUGGUUAAAAAAGAAAAACUUUGUAAGCUAGAACUGCGGAAGACAGAAAAAGAGAAGUUAAUGUUAGCCAACAAAUUGGAAGCCAUGGAGGUUGAAAAACAAAAGACUUCGAACCUGGUUUCUCGACUGGAGAGCGUAACUAAGGAGAAAUCUGACAUUACUAAGCGGAUCAUCGAAUAUCGAACAAGACUUCAGUUGCAGCAGAGUGAGUGCGAAUUACUCGCAGAACGGGUUGAGUCCCUUCAGAAGAUUAAUGCUGAGUUGCAUCAAUUAAACGAGAGUAAUACCCGCCGCCUCGAAGAUGAAAAGCGAGACUUGAAGACUCAUUUAGAGCUAAAAACAAAAUGUUGCAGUGACUGCAUUUCAGAUCAGUUUUCACCAAGCUCUCUUAAGGGAUUCCCUUUUACGUCUCCCGAGACACCCGAUAGAACCUGCGACAUCUUACCUAAUGAUUCCCUGUGGGCAGAAUUGCAAGCUUCCGGGUUCAACAGCAGUGAGAAAUCCUCACGAGUUCACGAGCUCGAGGAGGAAGUAUUAUGGUACUGCGAAGAGAUCAGAGAAGCUGUAAAAGACCUCGAAAACGUUGCCGGAAAGCUGGUUAAUUUCCUGCCAAAGAGCAAGUCUCGGGUGCCACCACUUGAAUUGGAAGCACUCGGAAACCCGAAAGCAGCAAAAUCGCUGACAGAGACGUUAAGGCAGAAGAUCCAGACGCUCCUACAAAUGGUAACGAAAAUGUCCUGCAAACCCGAGACCGAAGACUUCAGUUGCCAAGCGAAGGCGGAACCGGCAACAACGAGAGACACUCUCCGUGAAUUUAACGUCGUCAGCUUCGAAGAUCACUUGGCGCUCUUAGAAGGGAAGAAGAGAAAAGGGGACACAAAUGAAAUUCCCAUCGACUCGUUGAGCGUUUUUUCGCUGACAUCGAGUUUCUCGAAGAGAGACGUUGAGAGCCAGAGCCCCUUUUUGUCAGUGACUUGGGAGCAGGGGAUAGAGGAACGAUCGAUCAUCGAGCCCAUCGUGGCUGCUAUCGAUGAUAUCAUCGACGAUGCCAACACCAGAGAAACAUGGACUCAGAAACCGAACCUAGGCAGCAGUACCUGCAGGAGCAGAUACUCGCACACCUUGCCAAGAAGCGAGAGCCCAACGGAAGGACGUUCCGUUAAGGACUUGGGUACAUCCUCCACCGGAGACGGACCGAUUACUCCGGAAAAAAUGAACGGAGCUCCCAUCAAAAACGAGCUUUGCGAGGCGGAAAGAAAUACGCCCACGGGGAACGGAGAAGAGGACCUCGUUGAGUCGCUUACCGAGAACGAAGGCGAGACUCCUUCGGGGAAUGAAAAAAUCGAACGCCAUCGUCAAGAUGUAAACAUCUCUGGCGAUUGGCCUUCGCCUCCGCCUCUGGUAGGUACUUCGCACUCGGACACUCCCGCCGGUAUUCGCAAAUCCUGCGAAUGUAGUCCGAGAAGUUUUCCUCGGAGGAAAUUCUCGGUUUUCCGACGGGCCUUCGACGAAGAGACUUCGAACGGAUCCAUUUUAUCCGCCAAAGACCUCGAAGACGAUAUCGUUGACGCAAAGAACGAAUUAAGGACGACUUAUCGCUCUCUUCUCGACGACAGCGAGUCCUCGGGCGGUCGCUCGGACCCGUCGGUUUCGGAAGAAGAGAGUCAACAGAAUUUCGAGCCGAUCGCCACCUCUACGGCCACUUGCCACCCGUUCGUUCUAGCCCCUGGUAAACUGAGCAACUGUUUGGCACAAAAUUGCUCGAGCACUCCAAAGACGGGAAAUUUUCGUCAUUCCGUUUCCCUUGCCCGAAUGGCCGAUGGCAACGAAAAGGAAAACAAUGGUUCCUUCCCGGAGAUUUGCAGCGACGAAGACAGUUUCAACGGAGAAGCUUCUUUGGAAACUUUCACCCCUGUUACAUCCUGGCCUAGGAAUCAGAAAAAUGUGAAAAAGUUAAAUAUGAACGAGACUUCCUCCGGGGCGAAUGUAGCUCUCGAAGAGCAAAAUGCGCGAAGGGUCGGAGAUGAGGAACGGCCUACUGCGUUUCCAAGUUUGAUCGACGACCGUUUAGAAUCGGAACCCAGUGUUACCGAUCAUUGCGACUACAGCGAUUUUGAGGACAGCCUGACCGUGGAAGAGCUCGAGAGAAAGUACUUGGCCCUUUCGAUGAGUCUGAGCGCGGACCGCGCGACCCUUCCGAAACGCCUGAUGCUCGCUCGUCGACAACGGGACCAGGCCGAAGAGAACCUGACCUCGGAACUCGAGAAGGCGCGGAAAGACCUGCAGGAACUGGGGCCGCGGUGCGUCGAGGGUCGCCUCGUCGAGGGUCGCCUCGUCGAGGCCCUCGACCGAGCGAGGCGCCAGCUCGGCAGGAUCGCCCGGUGCUCUCACGGCGUCUCCAGGACCGCCGAGACCCUCGGGGCCGUCCACCAGGAGGACCGGGUCUCGAGGGCAUCCUCGAUCGCUGAUAAAUACCUGAGAAUUAUCAGAGCAAGGUGCGAGAGGCUCGCCGAGGAACUCAAGGAGAGCAAGCGAGUCCUCCGGGAGAACGAUAUCCUGGGCGUCGGAGAAAACUCGCGAGGGCCGAUCGCAGCCGACGCUCUCGGAGGGCGAUAUCGUACCUGGACAUCCGAUAAUCGUGGAAUGAUCGUCCGGAGGAGGGCCAGCGUGGCUACGGUUUCGCGUUCGCCGGGAACUCUCCAGGAUAUCGUCAAGGAAGGCGCGAUGCAACGAAAGUCCGUUUGCGGAAGAAUAAUUACGAGACAACCUUCGUUCACGUUUGAGAUCCAAAAAUGGGAGACCUUUGCUCUGGACGGAACAAAUAUCGUGCGCGAACCGCUCGGGACCGAAACUGCGUCCGAGUUAUUAUCUCGUAAUCCGGAAGACGGUCCCGAUUCUCUUCGAGAACGGUCCAACGACGCGGAUUCCGGAGAAGAAGUCGACGAGACCCGUGCCGUGUCCACCGACGCCCUCGCCCUCGCCCUCGCUCUGCCCUCGAUGGAUCUCACGGCGUCCCGUAAAUCGGGAUCCAAAAACUGCCUCGAGAAUUCAAUGCCACCUCGGAUGCAAACCGUUUGCGCAAAGUGGUGUCCGAUUUUCUGGUGCAUCCUGAUCUUCCUUAUCGGUUUCUACGCCAAGAACAUAGUAUCGCUCUCGAGCGUCUGCUCGGAGUCUCCAUGGAACUUUCGGUCCAUCGAAGAGAUCUUAGAAAAAUACGUUUACGUAAGAAACGCGGGAUCCCGUCCCAUUUAGUGAACCGAAAGCAGGCAAGUUUCGCGCUCCGUUUUUAAGAUUGUCCGAUAACGUAGCUAUUUUCAGUAAAAGUGUUAUUUGGAGCGACACUCUGCCAAGUGUCUUUUUAUUCACCGUGGACUUUAUUUAGUUUCUCAGCGUUAUCCAAUCGAAGGGAUUUUUAAUUUUUGGGGUACUUCCGUGCCCUCGAUCCGUUUUACUUCUACGGCAGGAAUUUACAAUCGCGAAUACGUGUCCGGGAUUCACGUUGAUUGGUUCAUUGGAAAUUUCUAGAAAAAUGUUUUCGCAUCAUAAAUGUGACAUCGGGAACGAUUUUAUGACUGACGUGAUGAGCUUGAUUACGUACGUGUACAUUUCAUUUGCUUACUCCUCGUAUAAACACAUUGCGCAUUCAUCUACAUCAUAAACUGACAACCUAAUUUUUGUCGUACCGAUUGAAUACAGGUCUUGCGUAUUAAAACUUGCGUUACAAGUUAAGAGUUAUCAUUGGAUUCGAAUUAUCAACGGUACUAAUAACAAACAAAAAUUACAAAAACCAUUUCUUUUUAUUCCUUUGUCAGUUAUUACCGUUUAAUAUUGUUUUUUUUUUUUUGCAUAUUAAUUGAGUUAUGAGAGAAGGACUAAUAAAAAAUGCACUUGAAAGUAUUAUUUUUUAUACACGAGUGUAAUACUAUCUUUGAUUUAUCGUUUACAUCUAAAUUCAUACAAAAGAAGUGUCUUGACUUAUUUUUGUCAUUCGUGAAAUUUAUUUGUUGUAACGUCUGUGACGCAGAUUAGAAAUAUAAAAAAUAAAACAGA